CAUCAUCCCCAUGGACCCUUUCCCGCUACUCCCUUCGAGAAUUCGUGCCGGUGAGUGAUACUUGUAGUUGCCGCGGACGAAGGAAAUCGAUUUUCAGCCUAUCUCUACAAAGUAUCUCUCGAUCCAUCUAUCUUUGCAAAUAUGGACGCAGGAUCUCCGAUUGAACCAGAUUCUCCAAACGCUUCUCGGGCUGCCAGUUCCGCUGGGAGUCCAAUAAGCCAUGGGAUUGACUCGCGGUCUCUCACCAGCAGUAUUUAUGAAUAUCACAGAGAGAACGGCCGGACGUACCAUCGCUACAAAGCUGGCUCGUAUGUCUUCCCCAACGACCCAACCGAGACCGAACGUCUCGAUUUCCAAUAUAAGAUCCUCAAGUAUGCCUUUUCCGGCCGGAACUACUUUGCGCCUCUGCGCAACCCCCGAACCAUCCUCGAUAUCGGGACCGGCACCGGGCAAUGGGCCAUCGAGAUGGGCGACGAGUUCCCGGACGCCGAGGUCCAAGCCACAGACCUAUCGCCCAUCCAGCCCUACUCAGUCCCGGAAAACGUACAUUUCUACAUCGACGACGCCAGCGAAGAUGAUUGGGUGCUGCCGCCGGCCUAUUUCGACUAUAUCCACACCCGCGUCCUGGCCGGCUCCUUCAUCGACUUCAAAGACAUCAUCCGGAAAGCCUUCCACUAUCUGAAACCCGGCGGGUACAUGGAGAGCCAGGAGAUCAUGACGACGCCAUACUGCGACGACGGCACCAUGCCCGAUGACUGGCCCUUCAAGGAAUGGAUGAAGCUGGUCGACGACGCCGCCAUGCAAGCCGACCGGCCGCUCCGCAUCGCCAGCCGCUUGAAGCGCUGGUACGAAGAAGCGGGGUUUGUCGACGUUCAGGAGAAAGUCUUCAAGAUGCCUAUCAAUCCCUGGCCGAGAGAUCCGCAUCUGAAAACUCUAGGUAGCAUGUCUGAGGAUAAUUGGCUCUCGGGCUUGCAGGGCUUCUCGCUUGCCCCUUUCUCCCGCUAUCUGAAUUGGACUAAGGAUGAGAUCGAGGUCUACCUCAUCAACGUCCGCAAAGCCAUCUCCGACCGAGACGUCCACGCCUACCACAAGAUCUACGUAGUCUGGGGUCGCAAACCCUCCUAGACCUCCUCCUUUCCCCCUUCCAAUCCUCCACACCACAAAACAUCUUCAGCUUCAUCUCCCCACAAUAUCUCUUUUCAUCAAACCAACCAAUCAGCAUAGAAUACAUAUAUUUGGGACGGAAACGGCGUAACGGCGUUUAUUCAUCAUGGGAUGGAUUUCUUUUUGGGGGGGGUCGGUCUAGGGUUUCUACAGUACGCACGCAAGGUUUUUGAUUUGAUUAGAGAGAGAGCGGGGAAAGUGCGGGAUAUUUUGCGUGAGGCUGGGUUAUAUAUAUGGAGAGAGAGGUACAUACAUACCCCCCCUUUUUUG